CUCUCUCUCUCUCUCUCUCUCUCUCUUAUGCUACUACUACUAUACAACUACGACCGCUACUACUACUGCUACUACUACUAAUUACUAUAAAAAUACCAUUACCACUAAAACUACUACUACAACUGCUUCUAAACUUCAAAACUUCAAAGGAAAAAGAUACGGGAAUACCCGGAACAUUGUACCUUUCCGAGAAGCAUACCCAAGGAGGAAGAGCCUACCUCACCGCUUCAUAGGUUCCCCCCGGCCAGACAAGCACUCAGUCGCUCAAAGCCCGUGCCGCCAAGACGAAGGAAGGAGCAGCGCAGGACUCUCUUAAUCCUGCAGCAGUGAACGGAAGGAACCCUGCGCCUGAGUCCUUCACUCGCUUGGCAGUCACGACGAAGUAAGGCCAUGAAGGUCACCGGGUGGACGUCCGUGAUGACGGUGGUGCUGAUGGCGCUGGUGCUGGUGCUGAGGCCGUCCAUCACAGGGGCAGAGGCUGGCAACAUUCAAGGUUGGGAGACUCACCCGACAUCUAAUGAUGACAGGGUCUUCAACGGCCGCCCAGCAAAUAGGCCGUCAGCGGGUGCCCUACAAAAAUGCACCAGCCCCCCGUGCAGAAGGCCACGCAUCACACAGCGGUUCUUUGGGUAUCCCAAGUAUCAGCGAGGACCGCCGCGCCCUCUCCUGAAGCAUGGGAGUGAUGGGCACCUCCCCGCGCCGCCGAGCCGUGGCUGACCCUCAAAGCGAAAAGCCAAGGAGAUAUGUAGCUUCUAACCCUUCAAAUACGUUUCAAGAAUGUACACAACGAAUAAAUAUACACGUGGAA